AUGGGUGAUACUGAUGAUUAUGAUAAUGAUUAUGACAAUGAAAAUGAAGAGCCCGAUAAUGAUCUGGAAAAUCAAUAUUAUUAUUCCGAAGCAUUAAAUGAAGAUGAUCCAGAUGCUGCUCUUGAAAGUUUUAAAAAUGUUCUUGCAUUAGAAAAAAAACUUGGUACAAAAGGUGACUGGGGCUUUAAAUCACUUGAACAAAUAGUGAAAAUUUAUCUGAAAAAGAAAAAUUUUAAUAUAAUGUUAACAAAUUAUAAAGAAUUAUUGACAUAUAUAAAAUCAGCUGUUACACGAAAUGAAAGUGAAAAAACGAUCAAUGCCAUUAUUGAUCAAAUAUCAACAUCAGAAAAAAUGGAUUUAAUAGAAAAUUUUUAUGAAAUAACAUUAGAUUCAUUAAAAGAAGCAAAAAAUAAUCGUCUAUGGUUUAAAAUAUACCUUAAAUUAGGUAAAUUAUAUGAUGAACAACAAGAUUAUAAUAAAUUACAAAAAAUUAUUAAAGAAUUAUAUAAAGCUUGUGAAAUAUCAGAAGGUACUGAUAAUCAACAUCGAGGUACACAAUUAUUAGAAAUCUAUGCAUUAGAAAUUCAAAUGCAUACAUCACAAAAAAAUAAUAAAAAACUUAAACAAUUAUAUGAAGCUUCGUUACAUAUUAGAUCAGCUAUUCCUCAUCCACUUAUUAUGGGUGUUAUACGAGAAUGUGGAGGUAAAAUGCAUUUACGUGAACAAGAAUAUGAAAAAAGUCAUACAGACUUUUUUGAAGCUUUUAAAAAUUAUGAUGAAUCAGGUUCACCACGUCGUAUAACAUGUUUAAAAUAUCUUGUUCUUGCUAAUAUGCUUAUGCGUUCAACAAUAAAUCCUUUCGAUUCUCAAGAAGCUAAACCAUAUAAAGAUAAUCCUGAUAUUCAAGCUAUGACAAAUCUUAUUGGUGCUUAUCAAAAUAAUAAUAUAAAAGAAUUCGAAACAAUUUUACAUAAAAAUCGACAAACAAUUAUGGAUGAUCCAUUUAUUCGUGAACAUAUUGAAAUACUCUUACGUUCAAUACGUACGAAAGUUUUAAUUAAAUUAAUAAAACCAUAUACUAAAAUACGCAUUCAAUUUAUUGCACAAGAGUUAAAUAUUGACAUCGAAGAAGUUAUAAAUUUAUUAAUAUCUUGUAUACUUGAUCAAACCGUACUAGGUAAAAUCGAUCAAGUUAAUCACGUACUUGAACUUGAUCAACAACAAAAUAUUCAAGGUUUACAUCGUUAUCAGGCUAUUUCAAAAGUUGCUUCACAAUUACAAACUGUUCAACAAACAAUUCUUCAGCAAUUUAAGUGA